AUGCAGAGGCGAGUGAAGGUGGUGCGGGAGGUGGCAGAGGUGCGUGCGCUGCGCGAGGCAUGGAGGUGCGAGGGCCGACGCGUGGGUUUCGUUCCCACCAUGGGCGCGUUGCACGCCGGCCACAUCUCCCUCAUCUCCCACGCUCUGCCUCACUCCGAUGCGCUCUUCUGCUCCAUCUUUGUCAACCCAACCCAGUUCGGGGUGGGCGAAGACUUUGACAAGUACCCGCGCGACGUGGCCAAGGACCGGCUGCUGCCCAAGGGGGACGGCGGCCGCGACGUCGAGGCGGUGGUGUUCGCCCCCUCGGUGCGGGAGCUCUACGGCGACCGCUUCAGCACGCGUGUGGAUAUCGGGCUGAUGGCCGACACCUCCGAGGCCCACGCGCGGCCUCAGUUCUUCUCUGGCGUGGCCACCGUCGUGUCCAAGCUCUUCAACAUCACCCAGCCCCACCGCGCCUACUUUGGGCAGAAGGACGCCCUGCAGUGCGUGGCGGUGCGGCGGUUGGUGGAGGACCUCAACUUCGGGCUUGAGGUGGUGGUGUGCGACACCCUGCGCGAGGCCGACGGCCUGGCGAUGAGCUCGCGCAACGUGUAUCUCUCGGCCGAGGAGCGAAAGAGGGCGCCCAUCCUGUACAAGGCCCUCUGCGCUGGACGGAGCCGCUAUCUCGACGGGGAACGCAGCGCACAAGAGAUCAUCAAGGCGACGAAGGAGGCGUUGGAGAAGGGAGAGGACUGGUGGGCGGCUGGUCCGCCGCGGCCCGAGGUGCAGUACGUGAGCAUCGCCGAUGCGGGGUUCGGGCACGAGCUGGACUACAUCGACCCUAAGGGACCCGGUGCCUUCCUCUCCACCGCCGUUCGUCUCGGUUCCACCCGCCUCAUCGACAACGUAGUCCUCCCGCCACUGUGA